AAUUUAUGAGAUAAUUGAUUAUUUUAUGUACACGUGCUGUGGUUAUUUACAAAUAUGGGGUCGCGGCAAAUUACAGAGAAGUCAUUAAAUAUGAUGAGGUCGCUUCCCAGGAUUUCUUUAGCUAAUAUCAGGGAUAACCCUGGUUCUAAAAUUACGCAAAAACGUGGCCGAGGUCAGCAUGGAGGCGACAAACACGGUGCUGGUAACAAGGGAUCUGGGCAAAGGCAGAACUAUAUGAGGCUUGGCUAUGAAACUGGGAACAAUCCAUUUUACUUACGAGUUCCUCAGGAAUUUUACUACCGGGGUCACCACCACAGAAGACAGUACCCACCCCUUUCACUACAAAGCUUGCAAACACUAAUAGAUAAAGAUCGUAUUGACAUCACACAACCUAUUGAUAUUGCAUCUGUUAUCAAAUCAGGGCGUUAUAAACUACAACCAGAUCAAAAAGAAUUUGGCAUUCAUUUGACGGAUGAGGGUGCAGACAUUUUUAAUGCAAAGAUUAAUAUUGAAGUGCAAUGGGCCAGUGAACAAGUAAUUGCGGCUAUUGAAAAGAAUGGAGGAGUCAUUACGACAGCGUAUUAUGAUCCACAUAGUCUAUUUCUACUGAACAAUCCUAUGAAGUUUUUUGAAAGUGGUCAAGCUCUUCCAAGGAGAAUGAUUCCUCCUCCAGAUUGUAUUGAGUACUACACUAGUGCGGAAUCACGAGGUUACCUGGCAGAUCCUGAGAAGAUUUCACAGGAAAGAUUGAAAUUGGCUCAAAAGUAUGGCUAUGAGUUACAAAAUUUAGAAACGGAUCCGAAUUAUGAAAUGUUAUGCGAAAGAAAAGAUCCUCGCCAAAUUUUUUUUGGCCUUGAGCCGGGAUGGAUUGUUAAUUUGCAGGAUAAAUGUAUUCUUAAACCUAAAGAUGAGGAGUUGUUAAGUUUCUAUGCAUCAUAAUGACCUUGAGAUAGAUAUGUAUACUUCCUUUUUUAGCAUUAUACACGAAAGAUAUUUUGCGUGUUUUGUCUGGUGCCAUUUAAUUCUGUCAUUUUGUGAACUGUCAGUUUAAUAAAUACCAUGAAACGAAAUUCUGAAACAUUUACACUAAAUUUAUGUAGGUAAUGAUUAUGUUUCUUUUACUUGUAAUACAUUCGCUUAAGAUCAAAUGAAAACUUUUAUCUAUACAUAAUUAAUCUAUUUCAAAAACUUGCACUAUAGAAAACUUAAAGUAAUAGGUUACACACAUUAAACAGAAAC